ACAAUCUGUGUUUGGGUUCAGUGCACAUGCUGAGUUCUGGGCUAAAAACUGACAUAGAGGGACACUCACAUCAGGAUUAGGAUUUUCACAAGGUAAUGUCAAAAACUGAAGCUUGGGUUGGGACCUGGAGGCCCCACAAACCAAGAGGGCCCAUAGCCGCCCUCUAUGGCAGCCCAGGACCCAAGUAUGCACUGCCUGGACUCACAGGUAUUACUCAACAUGACCCUACUAAAUACAAAGCACCAAUGUUCAGCUUUGGGACUCGUCAUGACAAGGCCAAUUCUAACUCCUCGCCUGGACCAAGAUACCUCGUCCCCUCCAAUAUCACCAGAGCAGGCCGAGAUGGCACCCCUGCAUUUUCACUCCACAGCCGUCCAAAGGAUCCCAAAAUGUUCCAGGUGCCUGGACCAGGCCACUAUUGCCCAGAGCGUUCAGGAAAGGCAGUCUUGCGCUCUUCUCCUGCUUAUUCUCUAUCUGCAAGGAGCAAAGACAGCGUCAACAGCCAAGUACCAGGUCCAGCGUCCUACUCUCUGCCGCCUAUGCUGGGACCCAAAACUGUGGUCACCUCUGCAGCACCCACCUACUCUCUCUGUGGCCGCAGCAAAACCGGGAGCUUCCAUGAGGACUUGAAGAAGACUCCGGGCCCUGCAGCCUACAAAGUUGUGGACCCUUGUAUUUACAGGCAAAAACCUCCCCAGUUCAGUAUGACGGGCCGCAACUUCACACCCGGUGAAACCACAAAGAAACCAGGACCUGGAGCACACUUCCCUGAGCGGGUGACCUUCACAAGAGCAAAAGCUCCAAGCUUCUCCUUUGGAUUGCGUCACUCGGAAUACACUAUACCCUUCAUUGUCGAUAUGGCUGAAUAAUGUCACCCAUGAUCUCUUACUUUAACUGGGAAAUUCCCACAGCAGUAUCAAAUAAAGCACAAAAAGAAAGCUGCCCAGGAUUAUUGAGAUCAUACAGUUUUAGGCCUUAUUGUAUCAGUUCUUGUCACUUUGUAAUGGUUAUGACCACUAUCAGUAUUUGAAGUAAAUUAUACUGAAUUAAAAGAGUUUCAUCAUUGG